AUGCCAAGUGAGAGAUUGAGUAUUAGAGACAGUUCAGCUGUUGGGCGUUUCCAUGGUGCCACAACAGCCAAUGGACAGGCAGUCCCAGAGAGGGAAUCAACGCCGGUCCAACGGAAGAAAAAAGGAGGUUUCGCAGGCUGUUUUCAAAAACUUUGUCCCUGUUCCUCUCGACGCCAAAGCAGCUCAAGCAAUAUAAUAAACGCUGAUAAUUUAGUGACCACAGACAAUGUGGCAACGCCAAGCUCUCCUGCUCCUCUUCCUCCUGAGCCUCAGACUGGAGACCUAGAACUGAGAGAGGCGAAGCUGAUGGUAGAUUCUGUUGAUCUACUCAGUGCAAAGUCUGGUCAGAAUCGGCAGGAACACCACACUGACCAGUAUCACAGCAAAGAGCUCAUAGUGCGUCGUGGCCAGACCUUCCAAAUCAUGCUUGAAUUAUCAAGACCUUUUAAUUCAAACACAGACAAACUUCACCUUGAGCUUAAGACAGGGCCGCUACCUCUGGUGUCAAAGGGCACACAUGUCAUCAUUCCAUUGGUGGAAGAGCUACAGGAUGAAUGCUGGGAGGCUAAGAUUGUCGAGCAGAACAGCAACCAGAUCAAGCUGUCUGUCAAUUCUCCUCCUACAGCCGUUAUUGGCAAAUACAGCCUGACUAUAGCCACACGAUGCCCACAAAGUGACACUCCACAAAUACACGACCCCAAAAAGGACAUCUACAUGCUUUUCAACCCCUGGUGUGAGGAGGACACAGUAUACAUGGACGAUGAGGAGGAGAAGAAAGAGUACGUGCUCAAUGACACGGGGAGGAUCUAUUAUGGCACCGAGAAGCAGAUUGGGGCUCGAACGUGGAACUUUGGGCAGUUUGAUGAGGGAGUUCUUGAAGCCUGUCUCUUCAUUCUGGAGAAGAGUGAGGUUCCUCCAUCUGGUCGAGGAGACCCCGUGAAUGUGGUCAGAGUCAUCUCUGCCAUGGUCAAUGCACCGGAUGACUGUGGGGUCCUGGUGGGAAAUUGGUCAGGGAAUUAUGUGGGCGGUUUGGCCCCCACAGCAUGGAGUGGCAGUGUGGACAUACUGAAGAAAUAUCAUACAGGAGAUGGGAGUCCUGUCAAAUAUGGCCAAUGCUGGGUAUUCUCUGGAGUCACCACGACAGUACUGAGGUGCCUUGGCAUUCCUGCACGCAGCGUCACAAAUUUCCAGUCGGCUCAUGACACAGACGUCUCACUGACCACAGAUUUUUUCUUUGAUGAGAACAUGGAGCCAAUUAAUGAGCUCAACUCUGACUCGAUCUGGAACUUCCAUGUAUGGAACGACUGUUGGAUGGCUCGUCCAGACCUGCCCCCAGGUAUGGGGGGCUGGCAGGCGGUAGACUCUACCCCACAAGAAACGAGUCAAGGCACCUUCCGCUGUGGCCCUGCCUCUCUUGCAGCCAUACGCUCUGGACACGUGUACCUGAAGCAUGACACACCCUUUGUCUUCGCUGAGGUGAACAGUGACAAGAUCUACUGGCAGAGGAAUCCUGAUACCACUUUUACUCAGAUCCUCUGUGCGAAGAAAGCAGUAGGCCACUUUAUCAGCACCAAGGCUGUGGGUUCAGACGAGCGGGCUGACAUCACCCACUUGUACAAACAUGCAGAGGGGUCAGAGGAAGAGCGCAUUGCCGUGGAAACAGCCAGUCGCUAUGGCUCCAAACCUGAUGUGUACUCGUCUCCGAUAGCUGAAGAUGUGCAGGUGGAAGUGAAGUUAGAUGGAGAUGGACCACUCAUGGGUGGUGAUGCACAUCUCAAGAUUCUGGUGAAGAAUAUGAGCUCACAACCUCGCAGAGCCACCCUCCACAGCCAGGUGGAAGUCAUGUACUAUACCGGCGUUCUUAAGGGAACAGUGAAGAAAGAAAAGCUUCCAGUAGAGCUCAAGCCGAACGAAGAGAAGGUCAUAGACUGGGUGUUGCCUUACCAAGAGUACCAGGACCAACUGGUAGACCAGGCUGCUCUGAUGAUGACGCUGUCUGGACGGGUCAGCGAGACUCAACAGGUCCUGGCUUCUCAGACAAGCUUUCGACUCCGCACCCCAGAUCUCAACAUCCAGCCUGUGGGGGACGCUGUUGUGGGUAAAGAGAUGGCUGCUAAGAUCACUUUCACUAACCCUCUGCCAUGCACUCUACGGAGUGUUGUCCUCCGGGUAGAGGGAAUAGGCCUGAGGAACCUACAUCCCAUCGAGAUCGGUGAUGUGGGGAAGCAUUCCACAGUCACUGUGACAGAACAUUUCAUCCCAUCUCUGCCUGGCUGCAGGAAGCUGGUGGCCUCACUGGACUGUCGGCAGCUGAGUCAGGUGCACGGUGUAGCUGAUAUCAAUGUAAAAGAGCAGUGAAAACGCACAAGUUGUCUGACUGUUACAAACUCUGCAGUCGGACUCUUAUCUGUCCCUCUUUCUUUAUCUUACUGAAACGCAAAUCACUGUUGGAAUGAUCUAGGUGCAUCUCUGAACUUAAUCCAUAUUUGAAAGAUUUAGAUAUUCAUAUUAUAAACUGUAUCAUUUUAUGUUUAAAUACCAUAGGAAGUCAGAAACUGAAGUGUUUGCUUAGUAUAAUGACUCAAACUGUGAUAAAGGGGAACAAAAUGAUGGAAACUGAAUUUGAUGAGGAGUUUGCAUGUUCUCCCC